AUGACUGGAGGCGGCAAGUCCGGCGGCAAGGCCAGCGGUUCCAAGAACGCGCAAUCUCGUUCCAGCAAGGCCGGUCUGGCCUUCCCCGUUGGUCGUGUCCACCGUCUGCUCCGCAAGGGCAACUACGCCCAGCGUGUCGGUGCCGGUGCUCCCGUCUACCUGGCCGCCGUCCUCGAGUACCUCGCUGCUGAGAUCCUCGAGUUGGCCGGUAACGCUGCCCGUGACAACAAGAAGACCCGUAUCAUCCCCAGACAUCUGCAGCUCGCCAUCCGCAACGAUGAGGAGUUGAACAAGCUCCUGGGCCACGUCACCAUCGCACAGGGUGGUGUCCUCCCCAACAUUCACCAGAACCUCCUGCCCAAGAAGACCGGCAAGCCUGGCAAGAACGCCGGCUCGCAGGAGUUGUAG